AUGAAAUCAUUGAGUCUUUUAAAGGUGAAUGUUUUACACAAAAGAGAGGAGUCACUAUUGUAUUACGGUAAUUAUACUACUACUACUACUACUACUACUACUACUACUACUACUACUACUACUACUACUACUACUACUACUACUACUACUACUACUGCUACUACUACUACUACUACUACUACUACUACUACUACUACUACCACUACUACUACCACUACUACUACUACUACUACUACUACUACUACUACUACUACCACUACUACUACCACUACUACUACUACUACUACUACAUCACAGAAAUAUAUUAGAACUUACAAAAACCAGUGUGCUUUGUACAAUUCGAUUACAUUUGAAUCUUACCUGGCAGACAUUUUACAGUGGUAUCAUACUUUAGUAAAAGCGAAAUGA